AUGGUAUCAACAACAACACCGAAAUUUGGCGUUAGAUUUCCAACACGUAAAGAAAGAACAGUUAAACGAGUAACUAAAUGUGAAACACGAGAAAUUCAAAAACGUCUUGAACCACCAAAACCACCGAAACUACCACGUGUUCGUCCACCACCGAAACCUAAAGUAUCUAAAAAACCACCACCACCAGCCACACUUUGUAAACCACCUAAACCUCCUCGUGUGUCUGCUAGUCGUUGUAAUGAACGUCAGCCAGCAACUACAUCUCAAACAACAACAUCAUCGUCUUCAUUAUCAUCAUCGUCAAAGACAAAUACAUCAAAUUCUUCAUUAUCUGGAUCACGUACAUUACAAGCACCUGAUUUAGAAAAAUUAGCUCGUCUUACUUGUUCACGUGAAUUUAGUCUUUUUCAUAAAUAUAUUAAACCUGAAUUAUCAAGAUCCUAUGAAAAUCAAUUAGCCUUUCUUCAAACAAAAUUACAACAUUUAAAGAAUGAAUUUGUUAAUAAACAAGCUGAACAUUUAAAUUUUGAACAAAUUCGUGAUUAUUAUAAUGAUGCUGUUAAAGAAAAUGUACGACGUCAUAUAAAACCAGAUGAAUAUUUAACAUUAGCUGAUAAAUUUAAACAAGAUUCUAAACAAGCUAUUGAUAAAUGGCUUAAAAAGAAAGAAGUUAAACCACAACGACAAAUAACUGAAUAUUUACAAAGACGACAAGCACGUAUUCGUGAUCGAAUCAAAGAAACAAUUGAAGAAAAUAAAAAGCAACAACAAUCAGCUAAAGCAGCUGAAGAUGGAGUCGAAACAACAGAAAGUACCAUUACUAUAACACCAGCAGCAACAACAACAACAGAAAUAGUAACAACAGAAAUAAUAGAAACAACAGAGACAACAACAACUACAAUAAUCGAAGUUGAUGAUGACGAUAUAAUGAUAAUCGAUUAG